AUGGCAACCCCCUUUUUGGAUGCCCCAAUACUAGGGGUUUACGUUUUCAUCAAUGCACCGAAAUGCCGAACCAGGCGGGAAGCGACAGCUCACUAUCUCCGCACCAAAGCCGUGGCUGAAAAGGAACCACGGCUUGACGAGACUGACAAAGCCCUGCAUGAGAUAUUCGACCCACUGUCCAUGGGAGGGAUUGUAAAUCGGCGAAUUGUAUCGCAGCAAGACCAGAGGGUGAGGAUUCCAAAGCAUCUUGAUCUUGUCAAGGCAAACACAACCGCGCCUGUGCCUCACGCCUACGAGCACUAUAAAUCUGACGAAUUCGAGCCCCUCGUCAUGGAAAAGAUGCCAGGAACCACCCUCGAGAACGCCUGGCCAACUCUGUCGACUGCGGAAAGGGAGUCUAUUGCAGACCAGGUUGUCGACUUCCUCGGUGAACUCGGGAACCUUCAAUCUCCCGCCUCGAUCGGCAAGAACCCACAGAUCGCUGCCAACGUCAGGGAGAGGAGCGCAGUGCUGGAAGGGCAGCCAAUUGUCUUCACCCACGGAGAUCUGGAUUGGAGCAACAUCAUGGUCGCCGACAAGCGAGUAUGUGGCAUCGUUGACUGGGAAGUCAGCGGGUACUUUCCCCCGUACUGGGAAUGGAUCCCCGUGAAGAGGUUCGCAGAAGGGCUACCUAAGGGGUCUUGGUUCGGCCUUCUAGAAGAGCGGCUCGCAAAGUCAAAGGUGCCCGCGUGGGAUGGGAUGUGGGAGGUGGAGAAACUGUACUCUGCCAUAAAGUUGUAUUGUGGGUGGGCCUUGACUCCGGAGGACCGAGAAGAGAAUAGGAAGAUCGGGUGGGACCAAGUUACCCAGAUCCUAGGGUCUAACGCUGGCAUCCCUCCUCUGAUCAAGUAUGCACACAGCAGAAUGCAAGAAUCUGCUUAG